AUGGCCUGUGGGCGUCAUAAGGAGGCCGACUUGACUCUCCUUUCGGCGCUACAGGGUGCCGCGAGCGUAGAUCUUCUUUUUUCAGAUCACCCCGCAGCCCUGGACGUCCUGAAAAAACUGCUGGAAGUCGCGCAGAACAUGGCCCGGAGCGCAUGGGAACAAUUGGACGACGCUUUCAGGCUGGUCACGAAAUUCGUGCAAGGUUCCGACGAAGCCGAGCGCCGCCUGGUGGCAUCGGAGUACUACAAGGACAAGGUUUGGGCGGAGACGGCGGGAUGGGACGAGAAAUGUGCUGACAUGCAAGCGGAGGCAGAAAGACUACCAAAAGAGAGGCAGAAGGUGGGCAAGGAUCAGCAGGACAUUGAGAAAGGAAUCGAUGCCAUUCCCUACUUGCGAAUGCUCGUGGAGCCGGUAUUCUCUCCCGACUUGAAGGAUUUGUUACCGGAGGCGAGGGUCUGGUCUGUAACCAACGAGCUGGUAGACCGCCUCACUCCGGGAUUGCUCCACAACAAGGACGAAGUGGCUAGGUUCACCGAGACGAUAGUGAAGCUGUAUGGGACCGACAGACUGAAUUUCAUCUGAUCUCUGCUCAGUUCCUUCAUGGCAAGGAAGGGCUGAUCGUUCAAUAAUGUUGUUGACACCUAGAGUUGUUUACUUCUGUUGACCUAUCUGAAAUCAGAUCUCGGCCGAUUGUACUUACUGUAUCUGACUGUCUGUAUAGCCUAUUCGAUCCACGAGAUUUCCUGGUUCAGCAUCCUUACCCACUUUUGAGCUGGAAUGGGAAUUACCCUACU